AGCUGGGACAGGAGGAAGAAAACCCUCCUGUUGCAUUGUGGGCAAUAGUGACGUUUCAAGCCUAAGAUGGCUGCCUAAUGCUGCUCUAUGGGCUCGAAAGUAACGCUAAAUGAAAUAACUACUGAGCUUCCUGUACUCAGCUCAGGAAGGAAUUACAGAUGAACAGUGAAGUAAAGUAAAUGCAAGUAUAUGGGAAAAUUAUAUAACUUUUGUUUUUGCUGUAUGUGAAAAGAAAUUGUUGUGCUCUGCAGUUCUCCUUUAACAUUCAUCCGUGUCUAAACAAUCCCAGUCACCAAUACUGAUAUCAUUCUGUCUGUUAUUUUGAUUAUACAGGACACAGACCAGACAUAGUGCGGAAUUCUCAGUACGAAACACGUUGUCCUUUAUUGAAAUAAAACGUAUAAUUUUUUUAGCCAGUAGCUCAUGACUAGCACAUAUCAUCCACAAAUACAUUAGAAUUCUGGAGACCAUCGCAGGUUGAUUCCCAUUGUUCUUCCUCUGGCAUUCCUGGAUUGUUUUACCAUUACUUCCCCGAGUUCAAUCAGACAUGGAAGGGGGAAGGCCGCAUUCUCCAUAUAUGCAGAGGCUUUCAAGGUUGUUGUGUAUAAAGCAUAACAAUAUUGAGUUUCCCUUAUUUAGUGCUGAAUAUUCCUGACUGGUACUAUAAGAAAAUUAACUACAAGUAACAACUCGGCUCUUUAGAUGUGAUCACAAUGUAGGCCCUAAACCUCCAGCAGAUAGAAUAUAUUACUAUGACAAGUGUCCACGAACAGGUUAAUAGUGACUGAUCCUGUGCUGCCCCGCCCUGUGGAGACAAGUGUAAACCCGCCCUCUGGUUUCUGAGCAGGAGAGAGCUGUUGUUUCCUUUCUCUCCUCCUGUUAGCCAUGGCAUCUUCUGCUCUGAGAGACGAACUGGACUGUUCCAUCUGUCUGAACACUUAUACAGAUCCUGUAAUGCUGAGAUGUGGACACAACUUCUGCCGGGUCUGUAUUGAUCAUGCACUGGAUGCACAGGACCAGUGUGGAGUUUAUUCCUGUCCUGAAUGCAGAAAAAGGUUUACACAGCGGCCGGCAUUGAUCAGGAACAUCGUUCUGAGGAAAAUAAUGGAGAACUUCCUGGUUACUCAUCCAACACCGACAGAAACCGGGAUCUUCUGCACUUACUGUGUGGACUCUCCUGUCCCUGCUGUGAAGUCCUGUCUGCACUGUGAGGCUUCUCUGUGUGAUAAACAUCUAAGAACUCACAACAAGUCACCAGAACACGUCUUGUCUGAGCCCAGAACUUCUCUGGAGAACAGGAAAUGUUCUGUCCAUAAGAAGGUCCUGGAAUAUUACUGCAAUGAGGAUGCUGCUUGUAUCUGUAGGUCCUGCUGUCUGAUUGGUGAACACAAUGGACAUAAGAUGGAGUCACUAGAUCAGGCCUCUAAAAACAAGAAGAAGAAACUGAGAAAUGUUCUCCAGAAGCUGAUCACAAAAAGAGGGGAGACUGAGAAAAGAGUCCAGAGUCUGGAGGAGCACAGAAGAAAAGCUCAAGAGAAAUCAUCUGGAGAAGCGGAGAGAGUCACUGCCCUGUUUCUAGACAUGAGGCGACGGCUGGACGACCUGGAGAAGAAGGUCCUGAGUGAGAUCUCCAGGCAGGAAAAGGAAGAGUCACUGUCACUGUCUGCUCUGAUCCAUCAGCUGGAAAUAAAGAAGGACGAGCUGUCCACGAAGAUGAGACACAUUGAGGAGCUGUGUAACAUGACGGAUCCACUGACUGUCUUACAGGAACCAGACACAGGUGACUUGUGUGAUCCUGAGGAGGGGGGAGGGGAUGAGGACACAGGGGGACAUGAUCAACAGCCCCAUGAUGUAGAUGAUCUGGAUAUGACUGUGAUCUCAGACACAUUCCACACAUUAUGUGACAUAAUAUCAGGUAUAAGGUUCUCUGUGGAGGAUCCUACAAAUAUAUUACUGGAUGUAAACACGGCUCAUAAUACUCUCCAUAUAUCAGACGACCUGAAAACUGCAACAUGGACAGUAAAGAAACAGAAUCGUCCAGAAACAGCAGAGAGAUUCCAGAAAUAUUCUCAGGUGAUGAGCAGAAGGAGAUUUACCUCAGGACGACAUUACUGGGAUGUGGAGAGCAGUAAAUCAGGGGAUUGGAUUGUGGGGAUGUGUUAUCCCAGUAUAGACAGGAGGGGAGAUCAGUCAUCAAUUGGAGAUAAUAACAAGUCCUGGGGUUUGGAGAGGUAUGAUGAAGAGUAUUCAGUGAAACAUGACAGAAAAAAGAUCCAGUUACCUUACAAGAUCUCCAGUGAUAAAGUAAGGAUAUAUCUGGAUUAUGGGGCCGGGCAGCUGUCCUUUUAUGAGCUGUGUGACUCCAUCAGACACUUACACACCUUCACCACCACCUUCACCGAGCCCCUUCAUGCUUUAAUAUUAAUAUGGGAAGGUCCUAUAAAGAUAUUAGGGGGAGGUAGAAACUGGAAGAAACCAUCAUAACCUUAGAAACUGCUGAGAGAAACCAAAAUUCUGAUUGGUGGAUUAUUUAGCCAAUGGGAUGAAUGAGAAGGCGGGGCUACAGGUGAUAAUUCCUAUAUGGCAGACGUCCUUAUGACUAGAUCACAUGGUCUCAUUGAUGACACAUCUAUAUAUUGGGGUAAUCAGGUGUUUAGAGGAUUAUUUAUGACUUAAUAAUAUUAACCCUUAACAUCUUAUCCCCUAUCCAAAGGAUUGCUGGGGAUCCUCCUGCUGCACCCCACCGUCAUCACUGCUCAGAGCGAACUCGCUCUGUGUCUGAUGAUGGGCGAUACAGGGGCCGGAGCACAAUGCUCCAGCCCCUGUAUCGCCUGUCAUCAGGCACAGAGGAAAUUUCAACUUUUGUGUUUUAUUUUUCUCCACACCUUCUAAGAGCCAUAACUCUUUCUUUAAUUUUUCCAUCCAUAGACCCAUAUGAGGGCUUGUUUUUUGCGUGACUAAUCGUUCUUUGAAAUGACAGCUUUCAUUUUACCAUGAAAUAUACGGAGCAACCAAACAAAUAUUAUUAGGGGGGGGGGGAUUCAUAAGAAACUGCAAUUUUGAAAAUUUUGGGUGCUUUGGCUUUUAAGCAGUGUACUUUAUGGUAAAAAUGUUAUUUUCUCUUUAUUCUGUGGUCAAUACAAUUAAAACAAUACCUAAUUCAUAUAGUAUUUCUAUUAUGUAAGUAAGUAGAUUUUUCCUUAACAAAAUCAAAAUGCCUAAAAUUGCCCUUUUCUGACUCCUCUAAUUUUAUUUGUCUGAAUAUGGGGAUUUAUGAGAGCUAGUUUUUUGUUGCAGUGAUCUCUUGCUUUUAUUGGCAUCCUCUUUGUUUUGAAGGGCCUUUUUGAUAAUUUUUUAUUUUGUUCUGAUAUAUGAUGUGAUAAAAAAAUCAGUAUUUUUCAGUGUUUGCUUGUUUUUUUACGUUUACUCUGUUUUAUUGUGCGGGAUUAAAAAAGUUAUAUUUUAAUAGUUUAGACAGCCACACGCGACUAUAACAAAUAUGUUUAUUUAAUUUUGUUGUAAAAAACAGAAAAUAAGGAUG